AUGCGGGGACAGACAGCAGGACAGACUGUGGACACAUAGUGAACCCAUCAGGAAAAUGGUUCCAGUUAAACUCCUCAUUCUGGGAGCUCAAAACACUGGAAAAACAGCACUGUGUGUUCGUUUCAUAACCAAGCGCUUCAUUGGCGAAUACGACCAUAAAAAGGAGGUGACCUACAGAUGCAGUCGGGUGAUGGACCAGGAAUGUGUUGAUCUAGAGAUUUUGGAUAUAGCUUGUAAGGAGAGCUGUGUGGCUUCUCUGGAGUCGUCCAUCCGCUGGGCUGACGGUUUCCUGCUGCUGUACUCCAUCACACAGCGCCUCAGCUUCCUGGAGGUCCCACAACUCAAGAAACUCAUCGAACAAACCAAACAGAGUCUGGUCGUUCCUACAGUGCUUGUAGCCAAUAAAGCGGACUUGGAAAUCGGCAGGGAGGUGACAACAGAGGAAGGACAGAGACUUGCCAAGGAUUUAAGGUGUGGUUUCAGGGAGCUGUCGGUGGCCGAGGCUGUCUUAGCUGUGGAGGCGGCAGUGCUUCAGCUCAUCAGGCUGGUGUUGGAUCAGCAGCGCCCCCUACCUGACCGUCGCUCCUACAUGCUGACUGUUCGCCACGCCCUGACAAAAAAACUGACCCGCUCUAAAACCAUGCAGUGGUGACCACAGCAAACAAGUAAUUCAUGUUAGUGUUGUCUGCUCUUUUGUUUCUGUUAAAAAAUGCUGAU